AUGGAGCAGUUAGAAGAAGGAUUUGUGCCGGAUUUUGAGCAUGUAGCUGAAGGAGGCGAGAUUUGCAAUAGAGCAAGCGUGAUCAAGCAGGCAGGUGAGAAGACAUAUAUAUCUGUGAAUGAGAAGGUGAAUGAAUGGAGCACGAGAUUUUUUAGCUUGGAUAGAGUUGUGAGUGGGCUGAGAAGAAAGAUAACCACAUUUGAUUAUUUAGAAGGGAUUAUGGCGGUUGGAUAUGAUAAUGGAUCUAUACAGGUGCACUCUAACAAGGUGAAUACGUUUCGACCACAUUCAAAGAGAGUAGUCAAGAUGAAAAUUGUGGAAGGAAGUAUUAUUUCAGCAUCUACAGAUGGCAGUAUUGCACAUUAUGAUCUUGUGGGAGAGGAGUUGCGAAUGUUUUACGAAGGUAAUGAUGUAAGUGUAGAAGGAAUGUCAGCAAAUGAAAGGUUUGUUGUGGUAGGAAGUGCUGACUGUACUCUUCGUGUGUGGGAUUAUGGAGAGAAAGCAAUAAGGAGUGUACAUGUGUUUGAUAAACCUAUAAAGUAUGUGCAUGUAAAAGAUGCCGAUGUUAUUGUAUUUUUCAAGGAUGGCGAUUGUGUGCUGUAUAUGAUUGAGGAGAAGUGUAGUGUCGAUCUUGGACGAUUCAAGAAGAUACGAAAUACGAAGAUCAAAGGAAAUGUGUUGUAUAUACAGUGCAAGUCAAAUAUGUAUGUCUAUGAGCUGAGUGGGACAGAGAAGGACGAAGCAGGAAAUCGAAGUAUUAAGUUGAACCAUAUCAAAAGCAUUACAAUCAGUGAUAGAUAUGUGGAUUUUGAUAUAGUUGAUAAUGAUAGGCUGGUGUUUGCAUGUAUUGACAAUAGAUGGGAGUGUGUUGAACAAGCAAGAAUAGAUGGAUUUGGUUAUCAUAGAAGUGAUAUACUGAGCUGUGAGGUUUAUGAAGGGAAGUUGAUUACUUUUUCUAAGGAGAAGGUGAUACUGUGGAAGAUUGAUGAGGAAAGUCUUGAGAUGACUGGCAGUAUAAGCAUAGUGAAUGGAAAGUGCAUGCGCCUGUGGAAUGGCGAAGCUGUGAUUGGAACAGACAUAGGUAUUUGUGUUUAUUCGUUGAGAAGCCAUGAUAUCAUCAAAGAAGAAGCAAUAGGACGAGUAUCUGCGGUUUGUACGGAUGGGAUGAGGCUUUUUAUAGGGAUAGAGAAUGUGUUGGUGAUGUAUGGCAAGAAUUAUAAGGAGGAAGAAAGGAUGGAUGUAGAUGAGGUAAUCUGUUCGAUGGAGGCAUCUGUUGAAGGUGGGAUUCUUUGCUUAGGGCUAUUGAAUAGCAAAGUAUAUAUAUAUAGCCUGAAUGAUAUGAGUUUAAGGCUUACGUUGUAUGGGCAUUCACUUCCUGUACGAUCGAUGAAGGUCUCACCUGAUGGAUCUGAACUUCUUACGUGUGGAGCAGAUAGGAUGGUUAAGAUGUGGGGAAUGCAGUUUGGAGAGUGUAGGAAGAGCUUUGUUGGAGAUGCAAAGAAUGCAGAGUACUUGAACAGCUCGCUGUUUAUGUUUGCAUCUGGAAAUGUGCAGUAUUUCAAUAGAUAUGAUAAGCUGAAGGAGUAUAAGCGUCAUGAUUUGAAUAUUAUAAAGGUGGUGGGAGACACUAUGAUCUGUUGUGGAGCAUUUGGUGUGCAUUUGUAUAAGAUGAGCAAAUAUGAGUUGCAAAUUGAUGAGGAGAGCGAAGGAGAAGAGGAAAUAGUUAGGAUGGCGAAUGUGGUGGAUUAUAAAGGGCACGAAAGGUUUAUGGAGUGUGUUGAACAGCUUAGGGAUAGCACUGGUAAUGAGAUUGAGGUGUUUUUUGAGGCUCUCAUGGAUAUUGAUUUUUGUGAGCUGGACAAGUUCUUGUGUUUGAUGAGCUCACUUGAUGUUAUGCAGGUGAUGGAUGCAUUAUACAAGUGUAUUGAGUGGAAUGGAGUGCUUGUUGCAAGGACAUUUAUAUCUCUUGUGAGGCUGCAUAAGGAGGUUUGCAUCAGUCAUCCAAAGUUUGAAGAGAUGCUUGGUAAGAUUACUGAUGGAGUAAGAAGCAUAAGAAAGAUGGUAAACACAAAUGAGGCAUGGAUGCUUGUGAGUAAAAGCAUAUGUGAUGGAUGUAUUGCAGAUGAGUGA